AUGGUGGGAUUUCCUUUUCCCCUUGGUUUAAUAUCCUCUAUCACUGGCUAUGCCAGCCUUAGCGAAGAAUUUCACUGGCUGGCAUCUGCCUCUAUUGGCAUCAUUCUCUGCAAUAUUGUGUACAGAUUAACACGUCUUAUCAGCCUUCUUAGCUUUGAGGGAUAUCACAAACUGAGCAAAGCACAAAGAGUUGAAUGGAACAACCGGGGGUUCUCAACUGUUCAUGCUAUUGCUGUAGCAUUUUCAUCUUUUUACCUCUUACUGUUGUCUGAUACUUUUCAUGAGGAUCAUCGUGAUGAGCUAAUCAUUAGUAGAAGAUCUACUUUGUCAGAUACAACAUUAGGGAUCUCCAUUGGAUAUUUUCUGGCAGACUUGGGAAUGAUAUUUUGGCAUUUUCCUGCUUUAGGUGGACUGGAGUAUGUUUUGCACCAUGCACUAUCUAUGUUCUCAAUCUUUCUCUCCCUUGUAAGUGGAAAAGGGCAGAUUUACAUACUAAUGGUUCUGUUCUCUGAGAGUACAACUCCUUUCGUGAACUUGAGAUGGUACUUAGAUGUUGCUGGUAAGAAGAACUCUAAUCUGUACGUCAUCAAUGGUGUAGCAUUGUUCCUGGGGUGGCUGGUUGCAAGGAUUCUUUUGUUCAUUUACUUUUUCAUCCACAUGUUUAUCCAUUUUGAUCAAGUCAAGACAAUUUUCCCUUUGGGCUUUUACAGCUUGCUCCUGGUGCCUCCUGUGUUAGCAGUAAUGAAUCUCGUUUGGUUUUGGAAGAUUGUUAAAGGUUUAAUUAAAACUGUUUCGAAGGCCACUCACAGUCAAUGA